GGAGGGGAGGCGAAGUCCCGUUGCACGAUCGGGGGAUCAGCAGCCGAGGACGCCCGGGUCCCAGAGCCAACAGGUUCCUAAAGAACCCUUCGCGCCCUCGCUCCCCGGACCACCGCCCCACAGCCCCCGAAAUGCAAUGAGGUCCUGCUGGAGGAGCAUGUCCGUCGGCGCCCGUUCAGGCCCGUGAACUGACUCAGGAGAGAAGGUGUUUGCAACCAGGAUGGCUUCUGCUUCUUAAGCUGUGGUGUUUGGUGGACUCAGACAGACCUUAGUGGCCUUGUGACCUUGAGCAAGGGGCUCAACCUGUCUGAGCUUCUGUCUCCUCUGCAAAGCGGAGCUCUUAAUAGCGGUAACCCGCAAUGGCCAGGAAGCCAGCCAGUUUCUGGGUAAAACCUUUGGCGUUCAUUAGAGCUGAUUUCUCCUCACUGGCCCUGUGAGGCAGAUUCAGUUAUUACUCUACGAGAUAGAUGGGGAAACCGAGGCUGAGAGAAGGUUUGGGGCUGGGACCCUAAACACCUGAGUGCAAGACUGGGCCCCCCCGCUCCGAGGGAAGUGGGCUGAGGCCUGGCCCAGGUGCACCCCUCCCUGGGGAGAGCCUGGGAUGCCCAUCAGCCAUAGUGGCUCCUGAGCUCAUGGAGCCCUCAGCCACCCCAGGGCCCCAGAUGGGGGUCCCCACUGAGGGCAGGGAACGGUCCUCGGAGCCUCCAGACUACGAAGAUGAGUUUCUCCGCUAUCUGUGGCGUGAUUAUCUGUACCCGAAGCAGUACGAGUGGGUCCUCAUCGCAGCCUAUGUGGCUGUGUUCUUCGUAGCCCUGGUGGGCAACACGCUGGUGUGCCUGGCCGUGUGGCGGAACCACCACAUGAGGACGGUCACCAACUACUUUAUCGUCAACCUGUCCCUGGCCGACGUGCUGGUGACGGCCAUCUGCCUGCCGGCCAGCUUGCUAGUAGACAUCACUGAGUCCUGGCUCUUUGGCCGUGCCCUCUGCAAGGUCAUCCCCUAUCUGCAGGCCGUGUCUGUGUCUGUGGCAGUGCUGACCCUCAGCUUCAUCGCCUUGGACCGCUGGUAUGCCAUCUGCCACCCUCUGCUGUUCAAGAGUACUGCCCGGCGUGCCCGGGGCUCCAUCCUGGGUAUCUGGGCUGUGUCGCUGGCUGUCAUGGUGCCCCAGGCUGCGGUCAUGGAGUGCAGCAGUGUGCUGCCAGAGCUAGCCAACCGCACCCGGCUCUUCUCCGUCUGUGAUGAACGCUGGGCUGACGAUCUCUAUCCCAAGAUCUACCACAGCUGCUUCUUCAUUGUCACCUACCUGGCGCCACUGAGCCUCAUGGCCAUGGCCUAUUUCCAGAUCUUCCGCAAGCUCUGGGGCCGCCAGAUCCCUGGCACCACGUCAGCCCUGGUCAGGAACUGGAAGCGGCCCUCAGUCCAGCUGGAGGACCAGGGGCGAGGCCUGGGUGCAGAGCCCCAGCCUCGGGCCCGCGCCUUCCUGGCCGAGGUGAAGCAGAUGCGAGCUCGGAGGAAGACAGCCAAGAUGCUGAUGGUGGUGCUGCUGGUCUUUGCCCUCUGCUACCUGCCCAUCAGUGUCCUCAACGUCCUCAAGAGGGUGUUCGGGAUGUUCCGCCAAGCCAGCGACCGAGAAGCUGUCUAUGCCUGUUUCACUUUCUCCCAUUGGCUGGUGUAUGCCAACAGCGCUGCCAACCCCAUCAUCUACAACUUCCUCAGUGGCAAAUUCCGGGAGCAGUUUAAGGCCGCCUUCUCCUGCUGCCUGCCCGGCCUGGGUCCCUGCGCCUCUCUGAAGGCCCCCAGCCCUCGCUCCUCUGCCAGCCACAAGUCCUUGUCCUUGCAGAGCCGGUGCUCCGUCUCCAAAGUCUCGGAGCACGUGCUGCUCACCAGCGUCACCACGGUGCUGCCCUGAGUGAGGGUCGUGCUGGUGGCUCUGGGGGGAAGGGGGGGUGCAACCUGUCCUCUGCCUGGGCUGCUCCUCUGGCUCCUGGGGGGCCCACCCCCACACCUUGUGGAAAGACUGCUGGUUGCAGUGUGAGGCCGCCCGGGGCUCCACUCCUGGUUUGCUGCCUGUUUGCCUCCAGGCAAUGUCACUUCCCUUCUCUCAACUGUGUCCCCUAUGAGGGACGGAUAUGAGGAUUAAGCAUGUUCAGGAUAAGUGGAAAGCUCUCUGUAAACUGCAAAGCAUUACAGACAAGAUUAUCGUCUCGCUCCUCUCACUUGGCCAUACCCCAUGGUACCAUCCAUCGCCAUCAUCCUUCCAGAGCUUGGCCUGACUCCCAAAGACCUUCUCCUACCCAAUUACAGGUCUUCCCUGGAGUCUGCUUUAAGGGUCCCAACAGGCAUUUCCAUCUGGUCCAGGAGCUCCCUAAAGCCCAGACUGCACUUGGCAGCCGCUCCUUGAGGCCCAUGUGAACUAAUCUGAGCCCAGCCCCUCUCUGGUGGGAAAACAGCCUCCCACCCCCCACCAGGUGCCAAGUGCACACUCCGCAGACUGGACCCCGCUGAUUGCGUGGUGUCAUAUAACACUCUCCAUGUGGCCGUUUGGCAGGGAGGCUAGCAGUCUGAAGCAACUCUCAUUAAAAGCCUGGCACUGAC